AAUUGCAGCUAUAUUAUGUCGGUUGUUUCUCGUACAAGAAGAAUAUAAUUACAAAAUAAAGUUUCAAAACUUUUGGCCAAUAUUGUUAUUAUUGUUUAAAGGGCCAAACAUAGAAAAAAAAAUUAUGUGCGUUCGAAGAGAUUACUGUGCAUUUAGUGAUUCAUAAAAAGAUUAGUAUUAUGAUAACUCAAUAUUAUUUUACUUUAUGUUUGUGAUUGUGUAUUGCUCCGAUAAUGAUCCGUUAUUACUGAUGUGGUAUGGCACUUGUAACAAUUCGACGUACUCCAAGUGUGCAAACACCAAGGAAAACGGAUGAUGAAGACAAAUCUAGCGAUACAAAUGAUGAUGAUCUCGGAAAUCGUACCAAGAGUCUCAAUGAGUGCUACUUCGCGAACAAGGGGGCGGCGCUGGUGCUGGGCGGCGCGGAAAGCGGGUGUGCGGAGCGGCGGCGCUUGCCCGCGCCCCCGCCGCAGCCCGACAUACACCACCACCUGCGCGCCAUGUUCUACCUCGUGCGCCCCGAGGACACGCUCAAAAUGGCGGUGAAGCUGGAGAGCGCGCACGCGGGCCGCACACGCUACCUGGUGGUGGUAUGCCGGCACGACGAGGCGGCGCUGCUCGGUAUCGACUGCAACGACCGUACCACCGUCGGCCUCGUGCUGCGCGUGCUCGCCGACACAUCAAUUAAAUUGGACGGGGACGGAGGGUUUAGCGUGUGUGUGUGCAGUCAGCAACACAUAUUCAAGCCCGUGUCUGUGCAAGCGAUGUGGUCCGCGCUGCAGACUCUGCACCGCGCGAGCGGACGCGCUCGCGAGCUGAACCACUUCGCGGGCGGCGCGUCGCACGCGUGGUGCGCGUACUAUGAGACGCGCGUCGACUCCGACCGCUCCUGCCUCAACGAGUGGCACGCCAUGGACUGCCUCGAGUCGCGCCGCCCGCCCUCCCCAGACUCGCUCAGGCACAAGCCGAGAGAAAGAGACGAAACCGAGCGCGUGAUUCGUUGCACGUUGAAAGAGAUAAUGAUGAGCGUGGACCUGGACGAGGUGACGAGCAAGGCCAUCCGCGGCCGGCUGGAGGACGAGCUGGACAUGGACCUGGCCGAGUACAAGUCCUUCAUAGACCAGGAGAUGCUCACCAUCCUCGGCCAGAUGGACGCGCCCACAGAGAUCUUCGACCACGUCUACCUCGGCUCCGAGUGGAACGCCAGCAACCUCGAGGAGCUGCAGCGAAACGGGGUUAGACAUAUAUUGAAUGUGACAAGAGAGAUAGACAAUUUUUUUCCCGGUAUGUUCGAUUACCUUAACAUUAGAGUGUACGACGACGAUAAGACUGAUCUAUUGAAACACUGGGAUAACACAUUCAAAUAUAUCAACAAGGCGAGGAAUGAAGGCUCCAAAGUUCUGGUGCAUUGCAAGAUGGGCAUCAGCAGGUCCGCGUCAGUCGUCAUCGCUUACGCAAUGAAAGCUUUCAAUUGGAACUUCGACAAAGCCUUGAAACACGUCAAAGCGAAAAGGAAUUGUAUCAAACCGAACACUAAUUUUCUAAAUCAGCUCGAAACUUACCAAGGUAUACUCGAUGCGAUGAAGAACAAAGAAAAAUUGCAGAGGUCCAAGUCAGAAACUAAUUUGAAAUCUCCUAAAACCGCUUCGAAAACAGAAAAUAAGAUAACGGACCCCACGCCUUUUAUAUUAGCUUUAACCGGAUCUUACUCGGGGCGGCCGCGCUCCUGGUCGCCCGACACCAAGCUCGCCUCCGAGCUGCUGCCUCCCACCUCCGUCUCUCUGGAGAACCUCGCCGCAGAGACCCGCCACAUGCUCAUGCCCUGCGCCCACGGCAGCUACAGCGUCUCGCCAAACCAGAUCAUCCGGCUCAAGGAGGAGAAGGAGAGCGGCCUCUCCGUCAAACACAUCGUUAACGAAAUUGAAAAUGCAGCCUCUGGCGAUCGCCGCGAUGUCGCCCGGAGACAUCAGAGGCUAAACUUCGGAAACCACACCGACGUAUCGAGCGGUAGAUCGUCGGAGGUUUCGAUCGGCUUGUCGGCUCAGGUCGCCGACGCGCCGACCAAACAGUCGCAAGUCUCGCCCUCGCGACAUCUAGGUCACAAGUAUACUUACUCGGAAGCGGAAGCCGACAAGAUACACACGUGGGAUCCCGGGGAGGUCUCGUGGUCCAGAGGCGACGAAAUUCGAAACGGGAACGAUAGUGAUAAUAUAGUGAAAAGUGACAGCGGUAUAAUAGACGUUAAAAUUAAAACGAGUGACGCUUACGUUAAUUGUAUAGACCGUAAUAUAGAGUGUGACGAUAGAAGGACGAUAGAGGAGGACGCGCCGCCGCCCAGCAGGCAGAGCUCCUGGAGCUCCUUCGACAGCGCCGUCGUACCGGACCUCUCGCGGCACUCCUCGUGGGGCUCCUACGACACCAGGACGGCGCGGCCCCAGGUCGUCGUUCGCGAAGACUCCGCCAAGAGAGUCAAGGAUAGGGCCGACGAGCGAAGCGAAAGGAGCGCGGAGCCCGCGCCGGCGGCCAAGCAGGCGUCCGACCUCGGCAUCAUCACCGAACACAGCGAGCCCAAAGUCCCGCGGCGCGUCGACAUCUCGGCGAACGAGAGAAAGUUUAAUGAAACGUGUGCCAUACUGAAGGAGCUGGCGAGUGCGGCGGCUCGCAUGGAGCGCGCGCGCGACCGCGGCGCCUCCACCUGGGGCGGCCGCCUCUCGGCCUCCGCGCCCGCCGACACGUGGCUGCGCGCCGGCCCCCGUCGCCGCCGACUCGCCGCCGUGUCGCACCCCGACCUGCCGCGCGCCGCCCCCGCGCCGAGCCCUGCGCAUCCCGCCCCGGCACCCGCCGCGCCCGGCCUCGUCAGCAACCUCAAGAAGGAGUUCGAGGCGCGGUCGGAGGGCGAGGGCGCGCGACGGGGAGGGUCGCGCACCCGCACCGGCGCCUCGCCGCCUCUGGGCGAGGACCUGUCAGUGAGGGUGCUGGUGGGGCGGUACGACCGGCCGGGCCGCGUGCGCAGCGAGUCCGGCGGAGAGGCGGCGCGCCGGCCCUCCGAGGUGCAGAAGGGAGCUGGACGCGGGGUGCGCAACUCCUUCUGCGGUGGCGAGCGACCGGCGCCCGCGAUGCCGCCCCCCGCACCCCCCGCACCCGUUGUGCUGUCGCUGGCGCCGGUCGACUACUCGAAUGUGGUGGUCUCAACUGUGAUGUCGAAAGCUCAAAACAAAAACAAUUGCAACAUGGGAAAACCCAUCCCUUGACGAGGCUCAACUUGAACCGGUCGAGUAAUAGAUGUUCAAAUCCUGUGUAUAAUACUAUGUAGUAGGAAUAUUAC